AUGGCAGUUCCCCGCGUCAACCUCCUCUUCAUCUCCAUCUUCUUCUUCAUCCUUUCACUGUCUUACAAGGGCCGGGCCGGGUUCAUUGGCCCCAGCCCAUGCCCGGAUCUAAUCUUCCUCCUUGCUGGCCAGAGCAACAUGGCCGGCCGAGGAGGCGUCGCGAAAAACGGUCCGUGGGACGGAAUCGUCCCACCGGAAUCCCAACCGACGCCAUCGGUCCUCCGCCUCAACGUGGACCUGCAAUGGGAGGUGGCCACCGAGCCCCUUCACCGCGAUAUUGACAACAUUACCCUCCCCAGCCAGCACGGAAUAGGCCCAGGCCUCCCAUUCGCCACCACCCUCGUUAACGAACUCGGGCAGCUGGUGACCGUUGGCCUCGUCCCGGCUGCCUUCAGUGGCUCCACCAUCGGCCAGUGGCAGCGCGGCCAGUGGCUCUACAGCCGUCUCGUGGAGCGGGCAACAGCAGCGACGGCCUUUGGGAGCCCCAUCACGGCCUUGCUGUGGUUCCAGGGAGAGAGCGACACGGUGGCUAUUACGUCAGCCAUUCCAGGAAAGAGCAAUGCAUCGGAUGUAGAGGUUGUGCGCGGGAUUCAGUUUGGGCUGCAGCUGACGAACCUGAAGACGGUGGACAGCAUGGGGUUGGCGAUUGGGCCGGAUACCGUACACCUGACCACGGCGGCCCAAGUCCUGCUGGGACGGAUGCUCAAGGAGGCUUACAUGCUGAUGUGA